AUGAGCCUGUGCGGCAAAACAACAGGCUCCGUUGGACCGAGCUGUGACAACCGCUUCGAGUCCCACUACACCCUCGACUUUAGUAAAACCCGAGUCGGCCUCCGUUUCGUUUGCAGCUCUUCCAUUCCAAAAGGCACUUUCAGCAUCGAGUAUCUGGGUAAAGUUAUGUGGGAAUAUGAUGCGGUGCAACGAGACAGCCGGCGCUAUCAAGUAGAGAAGAAAACUCAAGUUUUUUGGUGCGGCGCCUCGACCUUUUUCAUCGACGCGGUUGACUAUGGUAGCGAAAGUCGAUACAUCAACCAUUCGUGCAAAACUUAUUGUGAGCUGUACGACUGGGAGUGGGCUAACACAGUCACACUAGGUAUUUUCGCAGCAGAAGACAUCCCAUCGGUUCAGCGCUGA